UUGUGAAAAGUGUGCAUGGCAAAAGCUUUUAAAAUAAAAUAAUUUUAUAAAUAAAAAACUUAUAUUUAUUAACAUUCCAUUAAAUAAAAAAUAGCUAGUAAAUCGCAGUAGUAAAUAUAAGAAUUAAGCAUUUAUUAUGUAAUGGAUUUACACUGUUUCAGUACAUAUAUGCCAAAAGCUCAUUAAAUUUGUGAUAAAGUAUCAGAAUUAGUUUCAAAAUGAAUGAAAUUAUGAACUUUGUUAAUAUAUUAGAACCGAGGAAUACCCAGUUCGGAAUAUUUAAAUUCAUGACAAGACCAUGGGACCCCAAAAAAACUUUAACUCUUGAUAAAUACUAUUCGGCGCAUGAACUUAAAAAAAUUGUUGCUGAUUCUGUAUACAUCGACGCUUUUAUAGAAAAGGAAAGUAUUAGAAAUGGAGUUCCAAAAGAACAAUUGAGAACAGAGGUAUGGGAUUACUUAGAAGAAAUUGCAACAGAUAAAAAAUUACAUAUAAUUCGUUGGAUUGGAAUUAUAUUCCUUAAGAUAUGUUUUAUGAUGAAAAUAGGAGUAUUUGUUAAUGAAUCUUCAGUAUUAAAGGUAAAAUCAUUGAUGGGGAAGAAUCCAGUUCUGUUCUUGCCGACACACCGAAGCUAUGCUGAUUUCUGUCUAAUGACAUACCUUUGUUACCAUUAUGAUAUUGAUUUGCCUGCUGUUGCUGCAGGAAUGGAUUUCUAUUCUAUGGCGGUGGUCGGUCAAAAAAUGCGUGAGACGGGCGGGUUCUACCUCCGCCGCACCUUAGUGGGUGCGCCAUUGUACUCGGCCACGCUACGACACUACGUGCGCACUCUGGUCUCCAGGUACAGCGCGCCCGUAGAGUUCUUCCUUGAGGGAACCAGGAGCAGGAGCAAUAAGAGUCUACCCCCCAAAUAUGGCAUGCUGUCAAUGACCCUCCUGCCUUACUUCGCAAGAGAAGUGACUGACAUCACAGUGGUGCCUGUGAAUAUUAGCUAUGACCGUCUCAUGGAGCAAGGACUGUUCGCGUACGAACAUCUGGGUGUGCCCAAACCAAAGGAGACCACUGGGGGUCUGUUAAAGUCUCUUCAUAAGUUAAACGAUCACUACGGCAAUAUUUACAUAAAUCUCGGCGAUCCAGUCUCUGUAAGAGAAUAUGUCGGGCAACAGCUGCCACUUUCCGCGGAAAUGUUGAAACCAUUAGACUUGCAACAGCUAACCGCAGAUCAGUUUAAGAGUGUACAAGACAUCGCAAAUCACGUGGUGACAAUGCAACAGAAGUGCACAGUCGUGACGAUAUCUAAUUUACUAUCGAUAGUUUUGAUGGAAAGUUUGAUGAAGAACGAGGCGUUGAUUUACGAACAAGUCUUGGAGAAAAUUGAGUGGUUGAUCCGGGUUCUGAGAGUCCUCGGCGCGACCGUGUUUGAAAACGACGUUAAAAGUAGCGUCGAAAGAAUUUUGGUGGUGCACAAGAAUUUGAUGAGAUUGGAUGGUAAAAAUAGAUUAAAGCUCGUGUCUAGUGCUCUCAUGAAUAUAAAUUCCGACGUGCAGAAGAAAAUGAAAGGUCACAUCCUAAAGGCAGAAACCAUGGUGAACGCGAUACCGAUAAUACAAUUACAGUUGUAUGUGAAUCCCGUCUUACAUUACCUGGUGCCGCCCGCCAUCAUAUGCAUUAUAACCACGAGAGGGGUCACAAAUAUAGAAGAACUAUCCGCGGACUACUAUAGACUUCGGAAAUUGCUUGUACACGAAUUCUUCCAUUUGGAAAAGAAUGAGGAAGUUACGUUCGAUGCUGCGUGGCAAUACUGCGUGCGUAACGCCGUGACGUCACCGACGUGCGCUCUCGGGACCGCGCACGCGCUGCACGCGCUCCUGCGCGCCGCAGUCACACCCGCGCUCUGCUCGCUGCACACUUGUGCGGAGGUCAUGGCGGAGUAUAACAGUUGCGAGCACAAACAGGCGUUGAAGUUAGUGCAGGAACGUGUUGAAAAUGGCCGGUACCACCCCUACUGUCUAAGCCUCGAGGCGGCCAACAACUGUUUGCAAGGAUUGACGCUUUACGGAGCUCUUACCAAACAAAGGAGCAAAGAGCAAGUUACAUACGAGGCGGUGCCACUAAAACUCGAGGAAUGUCGCCGAUUAAUAUCUUCUUUAUUACCGAAAUGUGAUGUUGAUUUUGGUAAAAAUAAUUCAGUAAUACUUAAUCAAGACGACGUCAAAGCGAAAUUGUAGAAGAAAAUCGACUUGAAACAAUAAUUUAACAAAAAAUAUUUAAUACAAACAAACUUCUCACUAACCUGAUUCGGUUCAGGGUCGCUUACAAUUGAAAUAUUUGAAUUUAAAAAAAGUAAUUUUAAGAAUAUGACUUAAAAGUAUCGUCCACUCGACACAUUAGUUCAAAUUGAUAAUGUAUAACAAUCUGAACUCGUCUGAUUGAAUAUUGUACACACUAUAGCAAUGUUCAGUGUUUCUUUCUUAAUAAGAAAUAUAUUAUAUUAUGAUACAGGUUUUAGUUUAGAAGGGAUUAUUUCUCCGGGGGAAAUGUUUGUGUGUGUGUGCUAGUCUUAUAUAAUUAAAAGUUGAAUUUUAUACUUUAUUGAUAUGAUGAUUGUACAAAAUUUAAAUAAUUGUUUUUAAAUACGUACAUUGCAGUGUGCAAUGCAUAUUGCAGUGUUAUUGUUAUAACAAUUAAAUACGUGAUUAAAUUCACAAAAUUGAAUACUAUUAAUUUGUGUGUUUUAUAACUUAUCAUUAGCCGUAGUCGGGCUAUUAAGUUUGUUAAAAUUUAAUUUAAGAAGUCAGGAUCACUCCUUUUUUUAACGCUGGUAAAACGCAUUACGCGUUUCCCCCACGGGAAAAGUGUAUGUGGAGUUCGCCAGUGUCCAGGGCGCUUCAAGUGCGCCCCGAACAUCGGAAUGCCCACUAAAAAACCAGCGAUACCCUUUCCGUCUUAGCGACGAGCGCCACGGGAUCGCUUUCGCAUGCUACCGUGACGCUCUCAAUCCUCUUUAAGCCUCGGAAAGCACUUAAAUCUAUGAAAUAAUAGAAUGCCUGCAUGCACAUUUCGUUAGUCAUUGAGCUUGUGCGCCGUGACUGGUAUUUGGUCAGAACUACUUCAUUCUUUGGAGAUAAUAAAUAUAAUAAUAUCUUAUUUUGUCAACAUUUGAUGUCACGUGAAAACAUUAUCGGUGUUUCGUCGUCUUCCUAACGAUACAGCCUGUAUUGAGGUCAUCGAGAUCUUUAUAAAGUAUACCUUGGAAAGCUAGUAAUAGUACUUGGUGAAAUGUGCAAUAUGGUAUUAAAUUAAUAAUGUUUUAUUCUUAAAAUGAAUAUUUUUUGUACCUGCGUCAAACAAUGAAUUAUAGAAACCAUAGCUGUAUUAAUUUUGUAUAUAGUUUGCUGUUAUUAAAUGUCUGUGUUAUUUGAUUUGUAAAAACAAUACAUAUAUUAUGUGAAUUUUUUUUUACUGUCAGUAUUUUAAUUAAUCUACAUUCCAAA